AAUGCCUUCCUGCCAGUCAGACCACCCGCCUCAACUCCUAAUAAAAUUGAACUGGUCUUCGUUUCUUACCGGCGGGGCGCCAGCGAGAGGCCCAGGCCGGGGCGGGAGCGCACGUGGCCUAUUUCGGGCGGAGCAGACGUGUCUGGCCGUGGCUGAGACCUACGAGCUGGCCACAGGAGACGAGCCUUGAAGGUACGUUACAACCGGACGGCGAGGACCUUGAACGCCGGGACGGGGCGGCCUGGGGUCCCCCGGAGUUGGGGACAGCGGAGGGUGCCGGCUCUGGGCUCGCCACCCUCCCGGGGCAGUUUGGGCCGGACUCCUGGGUCCUCGGGCCCCUCCCCCUCAGGGGCGGGGUUAGGUGUCAUGACCAAUGACCGGCCGCUCUAGAGGCCCCUCCCCGCCGCUCCCCGCCCCUCCCCGCCCCCAGAGCCGCGGCCUCGCAGAGUGCCCAACCGCCCGGCGCCCUGGCCUGGGGCAGCACGAGCGCGGAACCUGCGGCUGGACACCAAGAUGCCUGGCGAACAGCAGACAGAGGAGGAGGAGGAGGAAGAGAUGCAAGAGGAGAUGGUGCUGCUGGUGAAGGGUGAGGAGGAUGAGGGUGAGGAGAAGUAUGAGGUGGUGAAACUCAAGAUCCCUAUGGACAACAAGGAGGUCCCCAGCGAGGCGCCAGCGCCGUCGGCCGACCCGGCGCGCCCACACGCGUGCCCAGACUGCGGCCGCGCCUUUGCGCGCCGCUCCACGCUGGCCAAGCACGCACGCACGCACACGGGCGAGCGGCCGUUCGCGUGCACAGAGUGCGGCCGGCGCUUCUCGCAGAAGUCGGCGCUGACCAAACACGGCCGCACGCACACGGGCGAACGGCCCUACGAGUGCCCCGAGUGCGACAAGCGCUUCUCCGCCGCCUCGAACCUGCGGCAGCACCGGCGGCGCCACACCGGCGAGAAGCCGUACGCAUGCGCGCACUGCGGGCGCCGCUUCGCGCAGAGCUCCAACUACGCACAGCACCUGCGCGUGCACACGGGCGAGAAGCCGUACGCGUGCCCGGACUGCGGACGCGCCUUCGGCGGCAGUUCGUGCCUGGCUCGCCACCGACGCACGCACACGGGCGAGCGGCCGUACGCAUGCGCCGACUGCGGCACGCGCUUCGCGCAGAGCUCGGCGCUGGCCAAGCACCGGCGCGUGCACACGGGCGAAAAGCCGCACCGCUGCGCCGUGUGUGGCCGCCGCUUCGGCCACCGCUCCAACCUGGCGGAGCAUGCGCGCACGCACACGGGCGAGCGGCCGUACCCGUGCGCGGAGUGCGGCCGGCGCUUCCGCCUCAGCUCACACUUCAUUCGCCACCGUCGCGCGCACAUGCGGCGCCGCCUCUAUAUUUGUGCGGGCUGCGGCCGGGACUUCAAGCUACCCCCUGGCGCCACCACCGCCACAGCCACCGAGCGCUGCCCAGAGUGCGAGGGCAGCUGAGCCGCCGUUCUCGGCGUCGGGGGGUGCAAGCGUCUGGCUGGAGAGGGGCACGCUGGGACCCCCGACCUGGGGCUGCAUUAACCUGAACGACUCCUCCCCGCCCCGCCGCCCGGGUCUGGGAAAGGGUGGGACGGCAGGCCUGGCUGCCGUGGAACUGGGAGACAGGGAGAAUCCCCUACCAGGGUCCCUGGAAACCGUGCCCACCUUCCCCUCACUACAUCCCUUUGGCCAAUGUUAGUGAAUAAAGUAUUAUAUCCUCACCC